AUACCACGGAAAGACAGUUUAUCAUGGCGUGUCUAUGAACUCUAAGUUAUCUCAGUCCUGAUUGUGUGAAAUUAGUCACAAAUUCUUCUCUAAAAGUAGAGUUUCAACGUGACGGAGCAAGGUAUGUCUCCAAAGUUGUGACCGUUAGCAAGAGCAAAUUAUCAGGAGACUGAAUACAUGAUUGGAGAAAAGAUUAAUUAUUUCAGUUAUGAUUGAGGAACUAUUUUAAUUUCAUUUUAAAUUUUAAUUAUUCUUUUAAUAUAUAACUACAAUGUAAAAUAAAAAAAAUAAACAGCAGAAAACCAGCAAACAAGAUAUUUUGAAAAUGAAAUCUCUAUUUCACAUAGGAAGUCAGUUGAAAUCACGAGGUGAUUUGAAGUUGUCAACAUUCAUGACCUCAGAAAUGUUUAUUUUUCGAUUGAUCAAUACGCAUUCUAAAAUAUGCUUAUUUGUCAAACUGACAUUCCAAAAGAAACAUGUGAUAGCACAGUCCUUUAUAAAAGAGAACCUGGCAUGUUCACCUUUACUUUAUCCCCAUCAUGAGGGGCUUGAUAUUAGCCCUGGUUUUAACCUUGGUGGGGAGCCAGCAUCUUAAUUACCAACCUGAUUUCAGUGAAAACAAGGUUUAUACAUUUGAUUAUGAAAGCACGCUUCUCAGUGGACUUCCAGAGAAAGGACUUAAAAGAGCCGGAAUAAGAAUAAAAAGUAAAGUGGAAAUUAGUGGUAUUGGGCCAAAACUUUGUCUUAUUAGGAUUCACUCUAUCGAAGCAGCGGAGUAUAAUGGUGUCUGGCCUACAAGCUCAUUCUCUCGAUCACUCAAACUGACUCAGGUACUAACUGGGCAACUGAGUAAUCCCAUCAAGUUUGAGUACAGCAAUGGCCAUGUUGGAAACCUUAUGGCUCCUGAGUCUGUCUCGGAUGACAGUCUGAACAUCUACAGAGGGAUUCUGAAUGUGCUGGAGCUAAGUAUAAAGAAGAUGCAGCAUUCAUACAGCUUGCAGGAGGCUGGGAUCGGAGGUAUUUGUAACACAACAUAUGCAAUCCAGGAAAACAGGAGAGCAAACUUAGUCUAUGUGACCAAAUCCAAGGACCUGAACAGUUGUGAAGAGAAAGUUCAAAUGGUAACAGGUUCAGCAUACACUCAACCAUGCCAGAUCUGCCAGCAAAGAAACAAGAACGCCCAGGCAACUGCUACUUACAGUUACAAAAUUAAAUAUGCACGUGAUGAAGCUGUAAUUACACAAGCUCAUGUUGAGGAAAUCCACCAGUUUGCACCCUUCCAUGAGAUAAGAGGAGGAAAUGCAAUCGUAGAAGCAAGGCAGAAACUUGCUUUGACUGAUGUGCAAAAGGACAUGGCAGAGGUCCCACCAAAAGAAUUCCAGAAUCGUGGGUCACUUCAGUACCAGUUUGGCAGUGAAUUGCUUCAGCUUCCUGUCCACUUAUUCAGAAUAAAAAAUGUGGAAAGCCAGAUAGAGGAAAGCCUGCAAGACCUAGUAGAGACCUCAACUGAACAGCUCCCCAGUGAUGCACCAGCAAAAGUCCUCAAGCUUUUGCACCUCUUCCGUGCAGCAAAUGAGGAGAAUUAUGAGUCAGUGUGGAAGCAGUUCUCCAGUCGGCCAGUGUACAGGCGCUACAUUUUGGAUAUCAUUCCUGCAGUUGCCAGUCACCGUGCACUCAGGUUCCUGAGACAUAAAAUGGAAAGACAAGAAAUCACCAACUGGGAAGCGGCUCAGACGGUGCUGGUGGCUCUGCACUCAAGCACACCAACUCGGGACGUGAUGGAGCAAGCAACGCUCAUCGUGAAAAAACAUUGCCCACGUUCAAGUUCCAUACUUGGGAAGGUUUGCCACCUCAGCUACGCGUCACUGUGCCACAAACAGUGCUCUUCAUCAGACUCCUGCUCUGAAUGUCUCCAGCUACUUCAUGGCUUUGCAGGAGAGGCAUUGAGCAAGUCUAACACAGAAGAAAUUUGCCUGGCUUUGAAAGCUCUUGGGAAUGUAGGACAUCCAGCCAGCAUCAAGCACAUCAAGAAAUGUUUGCCAGGAUACACAGCCAGUGCCUCAGAUCUGCCACUCAAUGUCCAAGCAACUGCUGUAAUGGCCCUGAAAAACAUAGGCAUGAAAGACCCCAAAACGGUCCAGGCUAUCACCCUUGAGAUUUUCUUGAAUCACAAAAUCCAUCCUCGAGUCCGGAUGUUAGCUGCCAUGGUUUUGCUUGAAACCAAGCCAGGUCUUCCAAUACUGAUGACAUUAGUUGAUGCUGUGCUGAAGGAGCCUAGCAUGCAAGUGGCAAGUUUCACCUACUCUCACCUGAGGGCCCUGGGUAGGAGUAUGGCUCCAGAUCUUCAAGUGACGGCUUCUGCCUGCAGAAUGGCUGUCAGAGCAUUAAGUCCCAAGUUUGACAGAUCUGGAUAUCAGUUCAGCAAGGUUUUCCGCUUCAGUAUGUUUAAAGAGUUCCUUAUGAGCGGACUGGCAGCUAAAUAUUUGGUAUUGAAUAAUGCAGGCAGCUUAAUUCCAGCAAUGGCAAUGUCCCAGCUGCAGACACGUUUCCUUGGAAGAGUGGCUGAUCCCUUGGAGGUGGGAAUAACUGUUGAAGGACUGCAGGAGAUGUUUGCUAAAGGUUACUCUCCUGAUGAGGACUGGGAGGCUGGCUACAACUUCAAGGAAAUCCUGAAAACGCUCUCCGACUGGAAGUCAUUCUCCAGUGACAAACCUUUUGCAUCGGCUUACUUGAAGAUGUUUGGCCAAGAGGUGUUCUUUGGUGGACUGGACAAAAUUGCCAUCCAAAAUGCACUGCAGGCAUGGUACGGACCUGAUGAAAAAAGCCCUUCGAUAAGGAGAAUAAUCAGUAACCUUCAAAGUGGUGUAGGGAGGCAAUGGACCAAGGCUUUACUGUCCUCUGAGAUCCGUCGUAUCGUGCCCACCUGCACUGGGUUCCCAACAGAGACCAGCUUCUAUUAUUCUUCUGUCACAAAAGUGGCAGGAAACGUUCAAGCACAGAUUACACCUUCUCCAAAGUCUGAUUUCAAAUUGACUGAGUUGCUAAAUGCCAACAUUAGGUUGCGAUCCAAAAUGAGUCUAAGCAUGGCUAAGGAGAUGACCUUUGUAAUGGGGAUCAACACACAGAUGGUCCAGGCAGGACUGGAAGCACACACCAAAAUGAAUGUUCAUGUACCUGUGAAUGUUGUUGCUACUGUCCAUAUGAAGGAAAAAAAUAUCAAAAUUGAAAUUCCACCGUGUAAAGAUGAGACUAACAUAUUUAGUGUAAGGUCUAAGACAUUUGCUGUUACACGAAAUAUUGGAGAUUUGGCUUCUAGUAAGAUGACUCCAGUCCUUCUACCUGAAGCAGUUCCUGACAUAAUGAAGAUGUCCUUCGAUUCAGAUUCUGCAUCAGGGGAGACUGACAAUAUCAGGGACAGACAGCCCGCAGAAGAUGUUUCCUCAGGAAACUCCUUUCCCUUUGGACACUCUCCUUCCCAGAAAGUGCCAUUUGUUCAGUCCAUGUGCUUCAAUGCAAGUACAUUUGGCGUUCAAGUGUGCAUUGAGAGGAAAAGCGUACAUGCAGCAUUUAUCAAAAAUGUGCCUUUAUAUUACCUAGUUGGAGAGCAUGCCCUCAGAAUGAGCUUCAAGCCAGUAGACACAGAGGCACCAAUUGAAAAAAUACAAAUCACAAUUCAAGCAGGAGACCAAGCUCCUACUAAAAUGGUACGUUUAGUAACAUUUGAAGAUCCAGCAGCACAAGUGUCUUCCACCAAAGAAAUGAUUAAAAGGGUGAAGAAAAUCCUUGAUGAUACUGAUAAUCAGGGGACAAGGAAAUCCAGAAGCUCAUCAUCCAGUGCCAGCAGCGCCAGUAGAAGUGCCGAGAGUGCAACGAGCAGCCCCUCCAGCAGCAACUCCAACAACCGGGCAUCACAGGGAAGAAGUCAGAUAAAUCUGAAAACAAGACAGUCCAAAGCCAAAGAAAAGAAAUUCUACCCCUUUGGGGACAGCAGUAGUAGCAGCAGUAGUAGUGAUAGUAGUAGCAGCAGCAAAAGCAGCAAAAGCAGCAGCAGCAGUAGUAGUAGCAGCAGCAAAAGUAGCAGCAGUAGUAGUAGCAGCAGCAAAAGCAGCAGUAGUAGUAGCAGCAGCAAAAGCAGCAGCAGUAGUAGUAGCAGCAGCAAAAGCAGCAGUAGUAGUAGCAGCAGCAAAAGCAGCAGUAGUAGCAGCAGUAGCAAAAGAAGUAGCAGCAGUAGCAAAAGCAGUAGCAGCAGCAGCAAGGGCAGCAGCAGUAGUAGCAGCAAAAGCAAGAGUAGCAGCAGCAGUAGCAAAGCAUCUGGUCUAAAGCAUAAGGCUAAGAAGCAGUCCAAGACCACAUCAUUGCCACAUGCCAGAGCUGCUGAAGGAGAGAGAAGCAUCCGUGAGCAGAAGCAUAAAACACAGAAUAGCAGCAGCAGAAGUACCAGCAGUAGCACCAGCAGCAGCAGCGGAAGCGUUAGUGUUUUGCUUCGCCAGAGCAAAUACGAAAGAAAAGCUGAGCAGAAACAUGUCAAGUCCCAGUUUAACAGUCGAAGUAGUAAUGACGUUUCUACAGAAUGGGAUCACCUUCCAAAAGUAUACCAGCUCCGUUUCAGGUCUACUCACGUCCAUUGGCAUCCAGAUCGGAAGAUAACAAGCAGUUCAUCGUCGUCUUCCUCAGAGUCGCAAAGCAGCCACAGCAGCAGCAGGAGCAGCAGCCACCACCACAGAGAAAACACUGGUCACAACUCAAGGAAAAGCCACGUCAGCGUCCACCACAGCCAUGGCUCCAGCCUGGCCCGCGAGCACAACUUCCUGGGAGACAUAAUUCCACCUGGCAUUACGAUUGUGGCGCAGGCAGUAAGAAGUGACAACAGAAAUCAAGGUUAUCAAGCUACAGCAUAUGUUCGUUCUAAUGCUGCCAAAGUUGAUGUGCAACUAGUUGUGGUUCAGCUGGCUGAAACCAAUUGGAAAGCAUGUGGUGAUGCUGUAAUACUGCCUCUGAAAGCACAGGCCAGAUUGAGAUGGGGCAAGGAGUGUCAGGACUACAGGAUAGCAGCUGUGGCUACCACAGGCCAACUGGCAAAGAAGCCAGCCGUGCAGCUGAAGGUCCAGUGGGGAAACCUUCCAUCCUGGAUAAAAAAGACAAGCACAAAAUUCAUGCAAUACGUUCCUGGUGCAGCACUUGUGUUGGGCUUCUCAGAAGCACAUCAGAGAAAUCCAUCUCAUGAAUUUAUAGUAAGGGCAGUUGCAACAUCUCCACGAACAAUUGAUACAGUAAUUAAAGCUCCUGGGGUAACACUUUACUGUCAGGCACUCCGAAUGCCUUUCACUCUGCCUUUAGGCCCAACUCCGCCUUAUGAGAUUCAAGAUAUCACUGCCUGGAAUUUAUUUCCCCAAAUAGCUUCACAAAUAGCACAAGAAGAUCAAUCCACAUGUGAAGUCAGUGAGGGAGAUUUCAAAACAUUCGAUCAUGUGAGCCAUACAUAUUUUUUCAAUAAAAGCUGCAACCUGAUAGUGGCCCAAGACUGUACUGAACACCCAAAAUUCAUCAUUACUACACGAAAGGUUGAUCCUCGGUCUUUCUCAAGAGAGGUUCACAUAAGCACAACCUCAGCGAACAUCAAAAUCCGUCCUGUGGCAAAUUCAUCUCUCCUUGUAGCAUGCAAUGAAGAACCAGUAUUAUCAGACAGUGGAGUUUCUGAGUAUGAGAAAGACAAUGUUAGAAUUUAUAAAAAUGCAACAACAGUUAUUGUGGAAGCUCCAACGCAUGGGCUGAAGAAUGUGACUUUUGAUGGUGUGAUCCUUAAGGUUACCGUGGCUUCAUGGAUGAGAGGAAAGACCUGUGGAGUUUGUGGAAAUAAUGACAGAGAAACACACAAUGAACUCCUAAUGCCAAAUCAUAAACUGGCACACAGCUCUUCUGCUUUUGUUCAUUCAUGGGUAUUGCUAGAAGAAACCUGUUCUGGUGGGUGCAAGUUGCAGCGCAGUUAUGUGAAGCUGAAUCGAAAUCCUACUAUUGAUGGAGAGGAAUCUACAUGCUACUCUGUUGACCCAGUACUGAAAUGUAUGAAAGACUGUACUCCAAUAGAAAAAACUUCAGUUAAGGUUGGCUUCCACUGUUUCCCAAAAGAUACUGCUGUAAGCCUGCUGGAAUGGCAGAGAAGCAGCGAUAAGAAAUCUGCAUCUGAGGAUGUUGUUCAGAGUGUGGAUGCUGACAUUGAUUGUACCUGCACUGGUGACUGUAGUUAAGCUAAACGCUUUAGUGUUGUGCUAUAGACAUACUAUAUAAAUAACUGAAUAGCUGGACAGAUAAGAAAGGAAGGUAAUAGCUGUAGUAAAAUAUUAAGAAACGUGCUUGAAGAAAAUAAGUCUACUGCACUGUACCUGAAGUCAAACGCAUUAUGUACAGUCUGUACUGCUUAAUAAAUAAGUUGUUCAUUAAAUAA